GCCGAGGCCUGGGCCAAGCCCGGAGCCGCUGUUCAUCGGAGCCUCCUGGAGCCCCCGCGCAGGUUCAGCCUGGGGGCGGGCUCAGGCCCGGCCCGCCGCGGAGCCCAGGACAGAGGUUGCAUGCCCGAGGACCAGGCCGGCGCAGCCAUGAAUAAAGAGCUGUCCCAUCAGAUACACCAAAUGGCUAGAUUUUUGGAAGUGUUAGCCAUCCCACUGAGAAUGAAUGUAUGAGUACAGAGGGAGUUAUGAACUCCUUUUUGGGUAUUUAGGAUCCAAAAGUGCCAUUUGAGCUGGGCCUGAAAGGAGGAGGCAUCUCCUUAUUCCUUACUUGAUAUCUGCUUGAAUUUCCUGACUACUCACCUUGAGAAGUUCUGCUCGGCAAGGCAAGAUGGAACACUGUGUCUGCAGGAACCUGGAGUAUUCCCACAGGAGGUGGCUGAUCGGCUGCUUCAGACCAUGGCUUUUCAUGGUCUCCUGAAUGAUGCAACUGUAGGUAUUUUUAGGGGCAACCAGAUGCGCUUAAAACGAGCUUGCAUUCGCAAAGCCAAGAUCUCUGCCGUUGCGUUCCGGAAAGCCUUCUGCCACCACAAGUUAGUGGAACUUGAUGCCACAGGUGUGAAUGCUGAUAUCACAAUUACAGACAUUAUCAGUGGGCUUGGCAGUAACAAAUGGAUCCAGCAAAAUCUCCAGUGCCUAGUGCUGAAUUCAUUAACUCUCUCACUCGAAGAUCCUUAUGAACGGUGCUUUAGCCGGCUUUCUGGCCUUCGAGCAUUAAGCAUCACCAACGUUCUCUUUUAUAAUGAAGACCUGGCUGAAGUUGCCUCAUUGCCAAGAUUAGAGAGCCUGGAUAUUUCUAACACCUCGAUCACAGACAUCACGGCUCUGCUGGCCUGCAAAGACCGACUCAAGUCUCUAACCAUGCAUCACUUGAAAUGUUUAAAAAUGACAACUACCCAGAUACUGGAUGUUGUUCGGGAACUAAGACAUCUGAAUCAUCUUGAUAUUUCAGAUGAUAAACAGUUUACAUCAGACAUAGCUCUUCGAUUACUAGAACAAAAGGACAUCCUGCCCAACCUCGUCUCCCUGGAUGUCUCUGGGAGGAAGCAUGUGACAGAUAAAGCUGUCGAAGCCUUUAUACAACAACGGCCCAGCAUGCAGUUUGUAGGUUUGCUGGCCACUGACGCUGGCUACUCUGAAUUCCUCACAGGCGAAGGACAUUUGAAGGUGUCUGGAGAAGCCAAUGAAACUCAGAUUGCAGAAGCAUUGAAGCGGUACAGUGAACGGGCAUUCUUUGUCCGGGAAGCUCUAUUUCACCUUUUUAGCCUGACUCAUGUGAUGGAAAAAACAAAACCAGAAAUUUUAAAGCUUGUGGUUACUGGGAUGAGAAACCACCCUAUGAAUUUGCCAGUGCAACUUGCUGCAAGCGCUUGUGUGUUUAACUUAACGAAGCAGGAUCUUGCUGCAGGAAUGCCUGUGCGACUCCUCGCUGAUGUGACCCAUUUGCUGCUCAAAGCCAUGGAACAUUUCCCCAAUCACCAGCAGUUACAGAAGAAUUGCCUCCUUUCACUUUGCAGUGACCGAAUUCUUCAAGAUGUUCCAUUUAACAGGUUUGAAGCAGCCAAGCUUGUCAUGCAGUGGCUCUGCAACCAUGAGGAUCAAAACAUGCAAAGGAUGGCAGUUGCAAUCAUUUCCAUCCUGGCUGCCAAGCUUUCUACAGAACAAACUGCACAGCUUGGUGCUGAACUCUUCAUUGUCAGGCAACUUCUUCAAAUAGUGAAGCAGAAAACCAAUCAAAAUUCAGUGGACACUACUUUGAAGUUUACUUUGAGUGCACUUUGGAACCUCACAGAUGAAUCUCCAACCACUUGCAGACACUUUAUUGAAAAUCAAGGGUUGGAACUCUUCAUGAGGGUUCUAGAGUCAUUCCCAACUGAGUCAUCCAUUCAACAGAAAGUCCUAGGACUUUUGAACAAUAUAGCUGAAGUACAAGAAUUGCAUUCUGAAUUAAUGUGGAAGGAUUUUAUAGACCACAUCAGUAGCCUUCUACAUAGUGUUGAAGUGGAAGUCAGUUACUUUGCAGCUGGGAUUAUUGCCCACUUAAUAUCUAGAGGAGAACAAGCUUGGACAUUGAGUCGUAGCCAGAGGAAUUCUCUUCUGGAUGAUCUGCAUUCAGCAAUUUUGAAAUGGCCAACUCCAGAGUGUGAGAUGGUAGCAUACAGGUCCUUUAAUCCAUUUUUCCCAUUACUUGGCUGUUUCACAACACCAGGAGUCCAGCUAUGGGCAGUUUGGGCCAUGCAGCAUGUCUGCAGCAAGAAUCCCUCAAGGUAUUGCAGCAUGCUGAUUGAGGAAGGAGGAUUGCAGCAUUUAUACAACAUCAAAGAACAUGAACAGACUGAUCCUCAUGUCCAACAGAUUGCUGUGGCCAUCCUGGACAGCUUAGAGAAACACAUUGUACGCCAUGGAAGACCACCUCCCUGUAAAAAGCAGCCCCAGGCCAGACUAAAUUGAUAGCUAUAGGUAAUUGGAUAAUUGAAUCACAGAAAUUCUUUUUGUGAUAGGUUCACUUGGAAUAUCUUACCCUCUCUGAUGUUUUGGGGGUUUCUACAACAAGAGUCAUAAAGUGAGUAUGGGAUUGAUAAUGUACAGUACUGCCCAUGUGAACAGUCUCUGAUUUGUCUUGUGAUUUUUAACUUAUCAGAUGAGUCUCUUCCUUGAUCAUUGCCUUUUAGGAAAAUUUCCACAUCCUUCAGUGUUUGAACUUACUUGUGCUUAAAAUUCUACAGUUUUAUGAGGAAGUUUGCACGGACCCUUAGGCCAGACUUUUCUGAUCUUAAAGUCCCUUCAGUCAAUUUGCAGCUUCAGAUAAGCUGUUAACCUGAUUUCUGGCACUGCUUCAGUUGUAAAUUUUAUAUUGCUUCUGUAUAAAAUGCCUUUAUUCUCUGUC